CGGGAAGAAGUAUAAAUUAGCAGUUUUUAUAACUUUGAGUACAUAUAACGCUCGCCUAAAGUUUUUCAGAACGUCGUCAUGAAUUGAAAUAUUCAAUACCUAAUUCCUCAAUCGUAAAUCAUAAUCUAUCCUUCACACCGGUUUAUAAUCCGCACCCCCAAGGUCAGUUAAGCGUCGCUCAAAGGUCGUCUUACCAUGAAUAGCUAUAGAGUAUUCACUUGAUAUCCCAACCUACUAGUGAUUCAUCAUGACAAUAGAAGACCCAGACCUUGAGGCUGGGAAAAAUAUUGAUGUUGACGAACUACUGGCGUCAUGUACGAUUUAUUCUUUGAUAAAUUAACUGACUAUAGUUGCGAUUGACUUACCGGAUGAACACACCGACCCUGAGAAGUUUCUACGCAAAGAGUUAUUAUCACUUAAGCAAAUGAGAAGAACCCUUACUGAUAUUGACCAUGAAGUUAAGAAGUGUGAACGUAAAGAAGAAAAAUCGAAAGCUAUGAAACCAAGAGAAAAAGCUAAAGAAGAAGCUAUGAAGCUUCUUAAAUCAGGAGCAAUAUCAAUUGAGAACAAAAAUGAGCGUCACACAUUUAAACGUAAACCUAAGGAAAGUGAAGAAGAUGAGGUCCCCGGACCUAACGUGAACUCAAAAGUGAAACAGACACUCUACCGCAAUUUUCUACCUGGUCCAAUACUAAACGCGUUGGGACCUGAGGAAAAAAGAGUAGACGUCUUAUCUAACUAUAAAGCGGCUACUUGUGAAGGUAACUGUACGGAUGCUUCUGAGACCUUACAAACUAAAAGAAAACAGCAGUUCAACCUCCUACUGGAUGACAAAAAUUUGGAUACGGAUCAAAUAUCGGAUGUUUCAGAUUCAUGCAGUGUCGAUCAGUUACAUUCUCCGAACCGAUCAGCGCACUCUACCUUAUAUGUUGGAUAUCAUAAUAUCACUGAAUCCUUUAUUCAUGAUGUUUUCAAGCCUCAUGGUACCGUUGUAAGGAUUAGGAUUGGUAAUCCCUCCAACCAUGCCUACGUUACAAUGGCUACGAAUCAAAUGGCCCAAAGUGCAUUGAAGCUGGAUCACCAAAUGGUAAACAAUCGUCUUUUGCGUGUAUCGUUUGCUCGGAGACCUUUCCACGCGAAACCUUUUUCACCUACAAAAUAUAGUCCAUAUCGGUCAUUUCGAAAACCAGCUUUCUGUAACUCGAAUGAGGAGCCUUCAAACAGAAUAUCAAGCGAACUUAAUCGAGAUUUAGUUACUUAUGAGGACUUGUAUUCUGAUAAAUAAACUGUACAAUUAUAUUUAAUAAACUGUUAAACAUAAAUUGAACUGUUAAUUCAUUUUUUGCAUAUGUGAAUGUAUUUUUUCUGUUCUCUCAAAAGUUCUUUCUAGUUCUAUUGUCAUUCAUAAUACAUGAAAAGGUUCUUUUAUA